GAAAGAGGGAGGGGAACAACUUAACCCCGGGGCACUGGUCGGGUGGGUAUAUGAUGCAAUGCCCAGGUGGCCACCUCGCACACGCUCCCAAACUCUCGACAGGCAUGGACCGACGCGCCCUGCUGUUUGUUCUGCUGGUGUGCAGCGCCUUGAUGUCCACCACCGCAGAGGCAUCGCCGGUGCCUGAACCCAAGCCUCGGCUCCCUGGCGGUGGCGGUAUCAACACGAGUGAAAAUCCAAGAACCUUACCCCCCAACCCAGUCUGUCUGUGCUUGCCGCCCCCCUGCACGUGUUCACCCCAUCCACCUUGACCUGACCCCGCAACGCCCGCACGAACACCGCCAACGGACCACGGACCACGGACAACUCCCAUCUUAUUCUUUUACUAUAUUUACUCCCCAAUAAAGGCAUGCAGUUCUCCCGCAA